UGAGACAUUCUGAGGAGCAACUACCAGCUUUCUUAAGAACAGAAGGGCUGUGCUGAAUCUGUACUCAGCAUGGGCCGAGCAUUCAUUUUGGCGUGUUUUGCCAUCUUGCUGAAUUGUCACUGCAGCUCUGCUUUCAAACUGGUUUGCUAUUUCACCAACUGGGCUCAGUACAGACAAGGUGAAGGGAAAUUCCUCCCUCAGAACAUUGAUCCUAAUCUGUGCACUCACCUUAUUUAUGCAUUUGCGGGAAUGUCAGAGAACCAGAUCAAAACACUGGAAUGGAAUGAUGAAACACUCUACAGGGAUUUCCAAAAUCUCAAACAAAUGAAUCCAAGACUGAAGACACUUUUAGCUAUUGGUGGUUGGACAUUUGGAAGUCAAAAGUUCUCUGCUAUGGUAGCUACUCCUGAAACACGUAAGACAUUUAUUAAUUCUGUGAUAGAAUUCCUGCGGAAGUAUGAUUUCAAUGGCCUGGACCUAGAUUGGGAAUAUCCUGGAGCGAGAGGCAGUCCUGCAGAUGAUAAAAUGCGUUUCACUUCCUUGGUUCAGGAAAUGGUGAAAGAAUUCCAGGCAGAAGCACAACGGACAGGAAAGGAAAGGCUGCUGCUGUCUGCUGCUGUGGCAGCUGGGAGGGAAACCACUGACAAUGGCUAUGAAGUGGACAAGAUUUCCCAGUCUCUGGACUUCAUUAACCUGAUGACAUAUGACUUUCAUGGAUCUUGGGAACGCGUUACAGGACAUGUCAGCCCUUUGUACCCUGACACUGACAAUGCUGUGAAGUACUGGAAGGGCAAAGGAGCACCAGCUGAAAAGCUUGUCCUGGGAGUUCCUCUCUAUGGACGAACCUUUACCCUUUCUUCCACACAAAAUGGGGUUAAUGCGCCAGCCUCAGGACCAGGGACAGCUGGCACUUUCACCAAAGAGGCUGGAUUCUUGUCUUAUUAUGAGAUCUGCAACUUUAAUAAAGGUGCCACCACAGCAGUGAUUCCAGGGGGGAAUGCUCCCUAUUCCUUCAAGGGAAACCAGUGGGUAGGAUAUGACAAUGUGGAGAGCAUUAAAACUAAGGUCAACUAUGUGAAGCAAAACAAGCUGGGAGGUGCCAUGGUUUGGGCCCUAGAUCUGGAUGACUUCAGUGGUUCUUUCUGUGGCCAAGGAGCAUACCCACUCCUCCAGACUCUGAAGAGAGAACUUGGCUCCACAGCAGCCCUGGCACCAAACCCCAGACCUCCAGUUCCUGCUGAACCUUCAAGACCUGAUGUGCCACAACCUGAUGUGCCACAACCUGAUGCGCCACAACAUGAUCCACCUACAGCAGACACCUUUUGCAUUGACAAGGAGGAUGGGAUCCAUGCUGAUUUGCAAGAUGCCACAAAGUAUUAUAUGUGCACCCACAAAAGGACUUUCAGCAUGCCUUGCCCAACAGGGCUAAUUUUUGUCAAUCAGUGCAAAUGUUGCAAUCAUCCUCAAUAAAGGGCUUGUAAUAUAGGCAAAUCCCAAAGAUGACAUUCCGUUGUCUUCAGAGCUAAGUACUUCAGAGCUGAGUGCUUUGCUGUCCCUGUAAAACUGCCUAUAUUUCCAAUAUGUUCAUCCGCAUAUUUCUCCAAGUCUUUAACAAAUAGGGUUAUAUUAUCUGCUUCUUCUUUGCACCAAAGAACAACGCACCAGCCAGCAAGAUAUGAGCACUUCAUAAUAGCUUGCUUAUACAAUAUGUAGCCACUUGCUCCCUAUUUCUGAUAAUUUUAGCAAAAGAAAAUAAACUUAUUUCAACUAAAA